AGAAGAUGAUGGCUUGUGUGAUGCUUUGAGCACGCUUCGCAAGUACAUCGGCACUGAAAUUAGCUUCUCGAAAUACGUGGCUGCAAGAAAAAGCCGUGAAGUUUGAGCUUUUUGGCACAGGUACGGAGGAGACCACCACACGCACCCAAGCUGCCCGGUUGAAAGACAGAGCCAUCCACGUGAGCUUUGUCCAUCCCUCUUCUGCUCAUAAGGGGUUGUUGAUAUAUAUAACUCGAUAUUCAUGUCAAAUGAACUCCCUUGCCACGCUUAUUUUUCUGCUCUGCAAAGUUAACUGAAUAGCUCAACACUUUCUUUGUCGUGAGAACAAAGGAAAUGGCAAUGAAGAGAUUGCUAUUAUUGUUGAAACCCUUCAACGUAUCUGCACCACCACCUUCCCAAACUCACCCUCAGGUCUUACAUUUCUUGGAUAGUAGGCAUAAGAUGCACCAUGAAGCCGUAAACUUCUGUCAAGCAAUUGUAAAGAAAAAGUCAGUGCAAGGGAAAGCUGUGCUCCGCAAUAAUUUGUCUGAGCCUAUUAAAGAUGUGGACAUGGUUGUUACAGUUGGUGGUGAUGGAACCCUUUUGGAGGCCAGUCAUUAUAUGGAUGACACAAUUCCUGUUCUUGGAGUGAAUUCUGACCCUACACGGGUUGAUGAGGUGGAAAAGUUCAGCAGUGAGUUUGACGCUACCAGAAGCACUGGCCAUCUUUGCGCUGCAACUGUUGAAAACUUUGAACAAGUUUUAGACGGCAUACUUGAAGGUCAAAUUGUUCCUUCCAAGUUAACGAGGAUAAUGACAUCUGUGAAUGCACAUCAGUUAUCAACUUUUGCUCUGAAUGAUAUCUUGGUUGCGCAUCCUUGUCCGGCAUCACUUUCUAGGUUCUCUUUCAGUAUAAAAAAGGACGAUCAGUUCUGUUCACCACGAGUUAACUGUAGAUCAAGUGGUCUAAGAGUCUCAACGGCUGCCGGUUCAACAGCAGCAAUGCAUUCGGCCGGAGGAUUUCCAAUGCACAUUUUAUCACAGGAUCUUCAGUAUAUGGUAAGGGAGCCGAUUUCACAUGGGGCUGUGUCCGACUUCAUGCAUGGAUUGGUUGAACAUGACCAGAAAAUGGACACUACAUGGUCUAGUAGAAGAGGUGUGAUAUAUAUUGAUGGUUCUCAUGUCAAUUAUUCCAUAAAGAAUGGGGAUUUCAUUCAGAUAUCUUCUAAAGCACCAGUUCUGAAAAUUUUCUUGCCUCAUCAACUGUUACAAUUGAAAAAUACUUGAAGUUAAUUCACAACAUGCUGUCAUCAGCAGAAGGGUGUCAGAGGACAGAGCAACAUCCCAUUCCCUCAUAAUGGUUGUGCUAGAAAUGCAACUUAGAAUCUCAUCCGCGUAUCCGUGCCCUGAAGAUGAAAAAGUUUCUUGAUGUAUAAUUGAAUAUAUCACCUGAUAAGCUCUAAUGGCCCAAUGGGGAGUAUUUUCUUGAGGGGGGAGUUUUGAGGUUCAUCAGAUAUACCAGUCUUUUUGGAGGAACAUAGAUUUUAGUUAUACACUUGUACACACACCCCACCUUGUGGCACAAUGAGAAAUAACAGACCUUUAAGAUAUUGAAUUGGUCUAUAAUAUUUUGGUGCUAACUGCUAAGAGUCUAGGACCAGAAACACUGCUUUUGGAAUCCAUUAGAUGAGCAAAUAUGUCAGUCCCCUAUUGGUUUGAUUGUAUGCUAUGCCUGUAAUUUUUUCUUACAUUCUUUUUCAAUGGUUAGAUACAGUUUAAAGUUCAGAUAA